UGUCUAUGUUUAUUCUUUCUCUUUUGUAAAUGUUAUGAAAUAUGUCCAGCCAGUAUCCCAGCAAUAUUAGUGCACAUGCUCUUGAUCUCAUCAUUACUGAGGUACUCAGACCCUAAGAUUGCAUUCCCUAAAGCUAUUGUUUCUCUUAAUGUGUUAGCUUUUAUCCAAAUCCUGCCAUUCAUGCCUGCUGCUAGUUCAAAUGGCCAUUGAUUCUUUAAUGAAUUUAUUAAUGGACAAUCUGGGUUUAAUAUCUUUCUAAUUAGAUUUAAUGAACAUUUAAACACAAAACCAUCUUCCAGUACUCCCAAGCGACCCUUCUUUCCGUGAGAAUCGACACAAACUAUUUCAGGUUCCAUAUCCUUGCUGGCUACCAACAUUUUGGCAUAGACUACAUCUCCAAUCACCACUUUAGGUCGGUUCUUUUUGGUAGCGCCUUCGAAGGAUAGAUAAGAUAACGAUGCCGUACAGCUGCCGCCAACGUCUACUCUGAAUACAUCUCCCGCCUUUUGAACAACUAUCCCUAUGACAUUUUCUCCGCGAGCUGGAAUAUAUCUCUUCUGAUAGUUGUCCACCCAAUAAGUAUUAGGAGCUCGUUUUCUCAAAGUGCCGGCUUUGGAAAUGUAAAUUCCGUCGACUUCCUUUUUCAAUCCUGGUCCGAGUAUAACUUUAGUUUUUUCGCCAGCAUUUGCUAUUUCUUCACAUAAAUCUCCAGGUAAAACAACGUCACCAACCUUCACCUUCAUAGUUGUGCUCAGAUUAUGCUAUUUAAUUUAAAAACGGCGAAUUUUUGUUUUAAAAGUAGACUAAAGAAUCACAUUGAAAUGGUGGUUUCUAAGAUGUUCAACACAACACACAAUUCAUAACCUCAAAAAUUGUUUGUAAUUUUGACGUUACUGACAUGACACUGACAAUUCAUAGACCACAUUUGUUUUAUUUUAUUAAGGGUUUCGUUUUGUUUUAUUAACGCAGUUCAAAUUAUAAAAUUAAGUAUGGUAUUCGGUAACAAUAUAAUCCAACGAUAAAACUUGCAUAUAAUUUUCUUGCGUUUUAAGGUCUUGAGAAUAAUAAAUAGUUUUGUGUAUUAAUUAAUUAAUGUAACAAAAUAGACAAUAAAACGCAAAUAAUUCAAAUCCACAAACAAACCUAGAAUUUUGACAUUGACACUCAUUGUACGACAUUGACAGAUGUUGAUUGCAGCCAGUCAGCACGUGUUUUUAUUAAUUCGAAUGUUUACAUGUUGAGUUUAUCGUAUAAUUAAUUAAAAAUGGUUGCGACAGUGCACAACGACGUGCUAUUGUAUAAAGGUAGUAAUUUUUUCCGGCAGAGACUGUUGUUAGCCACUCUUAGCGGCCGUACAAUUAAAAUAGAAGAGAUUCGUAGUACACAUGAUGACCCGGGUCUUCGUGAGUACGAAGUGAGUUUGAUACGAUUGCUGGAUAAAGUGACUAAUGGAACCAGAGUAGAGCUUAGUGAGACGGGUACUUCGGUGUAUUACCAGCCAGGGAUAUUGGUCGGAGGACAUGUCACACACAACUGUAGCCCGCAGAGGGGCAUGGGAUACUACCUGGAAGUGCUACUGGCGCUAGGACCAUUCUGCAAGGAGCCAUUGAAUGUUGUCCUACAGGGUGUCACACAUAGUGAUCUAGAUGUUUCCGUUGAUAAGAUCAGGACAGCGGCCCUCCCAGUGCUACUCAAGUUUAUAUUGGUUGACGAUGGACUGGAGCUUAAAGUUGUGAGAAGAGGAGCACCUCCUCUCGGUGGCGGAGAGGUAGUAUUCAAAUGUCCAGUGCGGCGAACAUUGCGACCUCUGCAGUGGACACAAUGGGGACUAGUCAAGAGGAUACGAGGAGUUGUGUAUGCACUGAGAGUGUCACCCACCAUGGCCAACAGAGUAGUUGAGGCCGCUAAAGGGGUUAUGCUGAAAUUCCUCCCAGAUGUAUACAUUAACACGGAUCAGUGCCGCGGUUCAAAUGCAGGCAAGAGCCCCGGCUUUGGUAUCAGUCUCGUUGCUGAAACCAAUGAAAAGACCUUCUAUUGUGCUGAAGCUAAAUCAACAGACGUAGGUACAGGAGAGAUCACACUCCCAGAGGACUUAGGCCGGGAGUGCGCGCAACGUUUAUUGGAUGAGAUUUACCGCGGCGGCGCGGUCGACUCCUCCUUUCAAUGGCUGCUCGCUCUGUGGAUGGCGCUGGGACAGAAGGAUGUUAGCGAAUGUAUUGUGGGUCCACUCUCAGACUACACGAUAACAUUCCUGCAACACCUCAAAGAGUUCUUCGGCGUGAUGUUCAAGUUGGAGGUUCAACGCUCCGAUUCUGAUGACGAAGAUUCUGAUGAUGAGGGCGUCACACCAGCCAGCAAGAUCAAAAUGACCUGCGUCGGUAUAGGAUACGUAAAUAUUAGUAAACGAACAUUGUAGUUAUUGUAAAUAAAAGUAGUUUUAAGAUU